CCUGAAUAAAGUUUUACGUUUUCAUAUGAUUUCUGACUAUAUGAAUGCGUGCGUGAAUACAAGAAGAAGUUUUGAUACAUCAUAAUCGCAGACAAAGAGGAGUAAAAGAAGUGACGGAUUUUCAAUCAUCAUAGAUGCUGCCUUUUGUGUGCUGCUGAAAUAGUACAAAUUGUGAAACACCUCUCGUCUUCGAGAGGAAUAUGAAAAUAGAAGAGCAAAUGCAAAAUUAUGAGGAAUAAGAGCAAGCGUGACACUAAGGACCCCUCUGACGAGGUUGGUCUAGACCAGCUGUUUCGAGCGGAUGACACACGUGCAGAAGAUGAUGACUAUGUAGAUGACGUUUUAGGCGAAGAUGAUGAAGACAUUUUGACUGGAGUCGAAGACACUGGGUUUCUCGAAGUGGUGAAAACAGUGGUGGAUAUCGACCUUGGAAACGGAGAGCAGCAACAACGAAGCGAUGUAGCGCCUGCCGUUCAGGAAGAUCUUGAGUCCCGUCUGAUGCAAGAGCUUCAGGCAAAUGUGACAGCGGCAACUGGAACAGCGUCGGUCGCGGAUCAGGGAAGUGUAGCAAAACUGGAGAUGGACCGAAGUUGCACGAGCAACGUGGUCCCAGCCGACGCACCAUCCAACACGCAUGCCCUGGCCGGAGCUUACGAUCCGGUACCGGACAAAACACAGGAGCGUGAGCUUGCCUUGUCUAGGUUCCUUGCUGACGACAGCACAACUGAUGUGGACAUUUUGCAGGGGUCGACGAGCAACGCAUGCGCUAGCAUCGGCCGCUCGUCGUUGAUGACGAGUACAACGACUAGUGCCAAUGCCAAAAGCGCGGCUCCUGCAAGCGGGAGCGAUAACGGGGGUUCAAGUUCAACAGGAAGAGGAAACUCUACGGCACCAGUGGCUAUGACCACCUUGACGCCUGUGUCAAAGGAAAAUCCAAGCGCGAACGCUGGUUCGCCAGCGAAGACGCCAAUGGGGUUAUUCUCAUCUUUUCUUGUAGAAGAGCUGCCGCGAACUAACAACAUUCGGCUCAGCAGGAAGGAACAAGCCGAAUUGCGAAACCGGAGCACCAGUACAACUUCGGCAGCCGAUGUUGGCGGUGGGAACAAAGGAAAUAACGGGGAAGAGGAGCAGCAUGACCAACUCGUUCAGGAUGCGCUUGCGAAGCUGCGCAGGGUAUUGAACCGGUCCUCACCCGCAAAGCCGAACGACGAGAAGAACAUGAAAGGUCGCGGGUCCAGUUCUCGGACGGGACGAGCGAUUGCGGUGAACAACGAGGCUGACGAGGAGGAAGAAGAAGAGGAUAGGGAGAGCGAUGAGGACGAAGACGACGAAAGCGAUACCAGCACCGAUGACGAGAAUAACGGCUUGUCUGAGUAUAAGAGCUUCAACCGCUUGAAACUGAACGCAAAGUACGUCGAAGAGCGGUUACUUGAGGCCGAGAGGGCGCGGGGGACAGGCAGAAAUGAUGCGGCGGACUCUCUCGACGGUGGCCUUGAUGCUCGCAAGAUGCGUACUUCGGGACAGGACUAUUUCCUCAGUUUAGACCCGGAUGUCGAGCGUAUUGUGGCAGCAGUGGAGAAACAUGAGGAUGAGAAGAUGCGUGCUAGGAAAAGCUCCACUCUGAACUCUUUCCUGCCAGGCGACAAUUCCUCUCCUCGUCCAGCGAGUACCGGAGUUUCACCAAGAGACUUGUCGCGUGAUAUCCUGGAGCACCCUGGCCCAAACAGUCCCAAGCGAAUGAGCGCCACGUUUGCCGCUGGUUUCGCGUCAGCCUAUAGCCCAGACGGGAGCUCGAAGAGUGGCAUUCAGUCGCUGUUGGCGGGUAGUCCCGCAGGAGGUAAAGUGGUUAGCACAUCGGCGACAACAAUGUUCGGCGAACCAGGAACAGAAAAGGGCCAGUUCUCCGAUGCAAACCUUCCAGAAAGGCCAAUCAGCCCGAAUGAGGAAGACAUAGCAGCAGUUCUCGGAAAACUGAAUCAGAGUCUCACGAGUUUCAAGGACGUCGGCGAUUUCGGAAGUGUAGUAUCACCAUCGAAAAAAGACGACGAAGCGAAUGAAUUUGCAGAAGACGGUGACGACGUGGAAGGUCCAGAAAAGCCGGGAGAGAAUGAUGGGUAUCUGCAUAGAAUGAUUGUGACAAAUCACGACAUGGAAUGUGCUUGAUGUGAUAAUUUGUUUUUCUGCGAGUUUUAAGUAUUCACUAUGCAGAAUCAGACUAUUGCUCAAACCACACCAAUAUUGAAAAACGACGGGGACAUGGACAUGCACAUGUGCUAGAAGUGCUCGAACUCCAACAAAGACAAACUAACUACAGACCUUCUCCUGGUAAGCGUGUUGAUUUAGUCGACGACGUUCUGGAAAGUUUGGAAAGUUGUAAGUCCGCGGUAGACAAGAUCCUUCAGGAGGCCACCGCGACACGCCCGAUAUUUAAGGGUGCUGGCGCUGCAGAGCGGGACGAGGCCGUGGAGAAACUAGCAGAGCAGUUGCGCGAUAAUGCUCAAGGCAAACCAGCUACACCAGGACGCAUAGCAAGGCGAGCCAGAGUGGACCGCCUUGUGCAACAGGUGCUGCAAAAGGAAAAACAAACAGAAGUUGACGCAGAACAGAGCAAGUACGCAGUUAAAGUUGUCACUGCGGAAGAGAGGGAGAAACAGAAGUUGGAGGUACGAUAUCAAUCUAGGCUAUGCUGACAUCAAGUACUUGUAAUUUCACAAAUCCAAAACAAAAAAUCAAUCAGGGUAGUUGUUUUCAAAAGACUUCAAUUCUUGGCGUCCUUCGUCUUCCUCAAAAUCGAAAUCAAAAAUUAGACAUUGCGUGCGGAGCAGGCUGCUGCAGCGGUCGAGCAAGAGCGAAAGCGCAAGAGGCGGACUGAGCUGAACAAAGUGAAGAAGAAGGCUAGCGAAAAAGUCUUGGCGUACUUCGAAACGAAGUAUCCUGUAAUGUCGGAGGUGGUAUCAAGCUUUGAGAACUGGAAGCAAACGGGUAGCGAUGCAAUCGCAGAACUCAUCUGGUCCGACACCUCCAUCCCGGCAGAGCGUUUCACCAAACUCAAGUCCUAUCAGAAGAUCAACCACUUUGUCGGUACUUCUUCUGUUUUCAUCUCUUCUUGUUCGUCGCAGUUAUUCUUAAUAUUGCACUAAAAGCAGUGCUCUACCUCUACAGUACCACUGGCUCUAGGCGGGUUUGUGAGUCACUUCAUGAUGUAAGUACUUGUAGCUGGUGUUAUUGUUAGGAUAUACUGGUCACCAACUUGGCCAAGCUCAUCUAUCUACCUCAUGCUGCAACCGCAAGUCAACAUCAUCUACUACAUUUAAUCUUUUCAUCUCGUGCAGGAAUGUGUGCUAUUACACGCAAAAACAACCUUGGUCGUAAUUUGAUUCGCAUGAAGAAGUACUAUCCGAAGGAAUACAAGUUUUUCCCGGACACGUGGAUUCUUCCUACCGAUAUGUCCGAUUUCAAGGCGCAGUUUCAGAACCAAUCGAAGAACAAGACCUACAUCAUCAAGCCCGACAACGGGUGUCAGGGACGAGGCAUCUUCUUGACGCGAGAAUGGCCGAGUCACAUCGACAUGACUAUGCCUCUAGUGGCGCAGAAAUAUCUGGCGAAGCCUUUGUUACUUGACGGACACAAGUUCGAUUUGCGGCUUUACGUACUCGUCACGGGCUGCGAUCCGCUGCGGAUUUACAUCCACGAGAAGGGACUUGUUCGUCUUGCUUCGGAGCGGUAUGUUGCGCCCAAGAGCAAGAACCUGGACAAGCAGAUGGUACACUUGACGAAUUACUCGAUCAACGCUAAGAACCCGAAAUUCGAGGAGAACGACGACGUCGACGACGGACGCACGGGCCAUAAACGUAGUUUGACGGCGGUAAUCGCGUAUCUCGCAGAGCAGGGCUGGGACACGGACAAACUGUUUGCGGAGAUUGAGGAAUUGAUUGUCAAAACCCUGAUUUCGAUCCAACCUUCGCUGCGACAUGUCUAUCGGAGUUGCCAACCAGAAGACGUGGAGAACAACAACAUGUGUUUCGAAAUCUUGGGCUUUGACGUGAUGAUCGACUCCAAGGGAAAGCCGUGGCUGCUGGAGGUGAAUCACGCUCCAAGUUUUGCGACAGAAAGCGAGGUAGACCGAGAUGCGAAGUACAACGUUUUGCGUGACACUUUUGCCAUGCUGCAGUUGAAUCCGGACCGUCGGAAGCGCUAUCGCAAAGAGAUGCUUGCGCGUGCAGAGGCACGAGUGAUGGGCGCCCCGGUCCUACGUGGCGGCAAGCUUACCGGAAACCGCUUUGUCUCCGGUGUGCAGGCAGCGGUGGCUGCGAGCAAAGAACAAAAAGAGUCCAACAGCGCAGCCUCAUCACCCGAGAAGGUGGGGACAGCCGCUACCGAGCAAGAUGAUGCGAAUCCCUCUGCAUCCGGGACAGCAACGGAGAACAAAGAUAGCGGCAGCAAUAGUGAUACAAAUGUAGAAGGGCAAGCGGUGCAAGUCUUGUCAGGCAAUAAUGCAGACGCACUGAUCGGGAGCACGGCUUCAUUGGGCGAUGGCGGCGUCGCUGCACCGAUCACUACUACAACGCUAUCGCCCGGCAAACAAAGGACUAAUGGGAACGCUGGAGCAGGGAAUGGCUCAACGGCAGAACCCACUACCUUGGCGUCGGGAGAUGGCAAAGCCGUUGCGAUGGUGGCUGAGAAGCCUUCCAUAGCUUUCGGUAGCACGAUGUCUCGCGGCAGUUACGAGUCGCCCGAGAAGACCACCCUCACAAAAAGAGGCCGAGGACACAACAAGAAUAAAGAGGAUGGGGAGCAACUCCCACAGUGGCCAACAGUUGCUUUUCCGAUUCUCAAGGAGCUGGAUCGCUGUGAGGAGGUGAAUGCAGUGCUCGAAACCACGCAAUUUCGCAAGCUCUAUCCGCCGCCAAGCAUUCAUGAUUUUGUGAAUCACUACGGAAAGUAUGUAGAUACCGCGUUCGACAUCUGGGAAACGCUCACGGGAAGCAAUAGUCGUCGCUACCGCUGCUUGGAUUGGAUCGACGACCAGUUGGCAGCCGCACAAAAAAGACUUGAGGCUGAGAAAAGCGGAAAAAACAGUCAGAAGAAGCCGUCAGUGAAAGAAAAGCUGGAAAAAGAACUGGAAGCGACGCAAGACGAGAUUAGUACUCAUUGUUCGUAAAUAUAGUCAUUUCAAUUUCUUGAAAUGUAAUAUUUUGCUUGCAUUUGUAUUUGAAUUCGUUGUUGUGCCAAAGCGUCAAGUUUGUGUGAUCAACAAGAAAUAUUAUAACGAACUCAAAAAACACCGCAAUCUCACGUACUUAUAAUAUUGUUGUUCAGAUCGUCGCGCGCAGAGCUUGCGAUCUCGUGCGCGGUCGGUAGGAGCCUGCUUGCCGCCAUCUGCAUCUGGUCCCUUGGCGAAUGCUACAAAGCACCCGAUAACUAUCAUCAGCAACAUCAAGUCUGGGGAAGGGGAUCAGAAAGAAGGCGACGGAACUGUUGAAGGAAGUGCGGACGCGAACGGGGACGAGCCGUCGACGACGGACUUGCUUAGCCAAGUUGCUAAUGGUUCCGCGAAGAGCGGCAGCGAGGAGGGAACGCCCACUAAUGGUGGCACUAAGGGGCAGGGACUAUCUUCGACUUUGGGAUUGGUGGUAUCGGGGCAAGGUAUGUCUGCGGGCUCGCAAGCGGAGCGCCCGGCGACGUCUGCGCUAGACGAUACAGACGCCUCUCCAGGAACAAUCGCGAGCAUUGUGGCCGACCGCUUGCGAAAAACGAUGCUGUCACGAGGACAUGCAGGCGUUGCUGGCCAGGCAGGAAUCGCCCCAGGUUCGGCGGGAAAUCCAUCGACAAUACCCUUGGUUGAUGUAUUGAAGAAUCAGCCGCUGGUGAAGGUCGAUGUUGCUAUGCGAAAUGGCGGGCCUCUUGUCGUACCAAACCCCUUGGAUGCAAACACGCUACUAGCAGGUGCAAAAAUUGUUCCCCCGGCAUCGACUGUAACUACCGUAACACCGCCAACAGCACCUACCGUGAAGUCAUUAGCAGUUGUGGAUGCACCCGCGGUGCCAACGGCGGCAGACGGUACGAAGGCAACGGAAGGAAAAAAGACCACCUCAAGGUAAAAGGCCUCCGCAGCCUUGUUGAAGUUCAAGUUUAACUUCGUAAGCAGCUCUUUAUAUAAUACCGCCCACGUGCCCCCGGCGUGUACACACGCCGGGGCAGGGCGGAAGGGUCUUGCAAAUGAUACGAGUUACAUAAAAUCCAUACGGCCUACCGGCGUGCUACGAAUUACGUAAAGCGCGGCGGGCUAUGGAAUAAGCUAAGCAGCUACAUGCUACAAGCUGCUACGUGCUACGUAAACACUCACCCAGGAAGCACCCGAAACGCCCAAAAGAAAAUACUUCAAACGAAUGAAGUAAACGAGUAACCGAAUACAUUUGCCGAGAGUCAAAUACUUAAGCAGAUCACUCCGGGCCUGCUGUUUUCGGUUCUCCUUCUCAGCGUAGUGGCCGGGUGAAGCACUCCGAUCGACUCCGCCCACCGUGAGAGCCUCGCGCGCUCCCUGGCCAAGGUUUUGGGCGUGGGCCCCCUACUCUUGGAGUGUGUUGCGUCUCCAGCAUGGCAGUGCCGCGAGGGGGGCCGCAGGCCUGUUGUUUUCGGUUCUCAGCAUAGUCUCGCUAUAUAGUAUUUAUAUUAGAGUAGUUUAUUAUAGAACGGAUGUAGGAUGGACUUGGAUGGAUCGGAUGGACCCCCCUGAUUCUUCCGAUCCUACUUGAGAUGGUGGGAAGUCCAUCCGAUCCAUCCGAUCCAUCCCAUCCCGGACCUGGCACCCCUAUAAACUGCUCUAUAAUAUAUAUUUAUAUGCUCCAGGGUUCAGGGGAGCAGCCUCCCCCUAGCGUAGGGGGGGCGUGGAUCCCCGGACCCCUUUUGAAGACUUGUGCCGGGGGUGGAAGGCUUGCAAAGGGGUCCAAGGGUGGACCCCCUCCGCUCCCUCCAGCUGCCUGCGUGUACCCUACAGACUUCCUACGUGCUUUGUCGCCGCAGCAGUGCGUCGGUUGUGGAAGGUCUCCGAAGGCGGCAAAACGCGCAAGGUUGGACCCCCUGGGCCGUGUGGCCUGUACCCUCCGGGCCCUUGGUCAUCGGCUUGCUUGCUCUUGAGACCGUGGCCGCCUUCGGCGGCCUUCUACCCCGGAGGCCUCCAGCCUGCGAGGUUCAGCAGAGGCCAGGCGGUCCCUUUGGAACAUGCAGAGAGGCGCAAGGGGACGCCCGCGCCCGGUUUUGACGCCUUCCACCCUAAGAAUCCGCGAAAAGCAGCGCGGAAAAGAGCGCGCAAGCGCCACCAAAGGGCCAACCACAGGGGGGGGGCGUGCGUCCCUGUGUCAUAUAUUUAGUUACAUUUUCGCUCUCGGCUUCAAGUUCGUAACUGAAAUGGUCAACGAUUGAAAACGAUGCUGAGUAACGAAUUCUCGUACUUCUUCUUGUUCUUGUACUUGAGCUACUUUUUGAACGACCUUCAGCAUUGCUUCUCUUUCAGGUAUGCUCAUUUGAAGAUUGGUGACGUGGUGCAAGUGUUGACAAACCUAGGCUGGGAGAAGGUCGUCGUCCGGCGAAAGCUGGAGAACGGCCGCCUAGAUAUUUUGUUCCAGGAUGGAGAGACGAUGCAUGAUGUGAUGCCUCGUCUCCACGAUAAGGUGUUAGGAUCUUCUGGCGCUUUGAAUAGUACGACAAGGUCUUCGGGUGCCGGUCAGCGAAACCCCAGCUCUUCUGGAUACGGAAAUCAAAACAGUGGUGGACUCUUAGCAACCGGCGUCGGCCGCCUUUCGCGCCAAAAUCACACGCGUUCUGCACAUCUGACACCUCUCAGAGCGGGCGGGAGUAAACCGGCCACGGCAAUGAGCAUAUCGGCGGCCACCUCCUCCAAGCUGGACGGCGAAGGGGACAGCAUAUUAACACACGGAAAGGACGCGGCAAUUUCCUCAGGCGAGGGAACAGGCGUUGACUCCGGUGCGCCAACAGCGCCUCCUCCACUACCUACAAAGGGUGAACAAAUGUCCGCGAGUACCACAACACAGGGACCACCGUCAGGCGCGACGAGUAGUUCAGAAGCUCAGUCAACAUCGGCUUCGGCGCCGCCAGCGAGUUCCACUAUUUUUCUCGCCCCACUAGCAGGCCCUGCAACUCCUGCAGCUGUCGGAGGGGUUCCUACUUCGUCGGCUGACCAAACAAGCAGCGACCCUAAGUACUCCCACUUCAUUCAGAUUCUAUCAGAGCCCAGCAAGACGCCAAUGAAAGUUGGGAAUCGCGGGGCAGGAGCGCAAACGCCAAGCUCAGGACAGCGCAGGACUACGACUAGCAUUAGUUAUGCGAGCGGGACGCCGGGAGCCCUAGGGCCUUCGGCGCCUGCGUUGAUUAUCAGUAACAGCAGUUCUUUUUCUGCUGCACCAAGCACUCCAGCUCGAAACGAACAGAAUACCACUGCCAGUACAAGUACACCAACACCGGGUACCCCUGCUGAUGGUCGUACCACAUCUGCCAAUUCAGGUGGGGUGCCAGCAGUUGGAGGAGCCGGCGUUGUGGGCGUGGGAGUGACCCCGAGUGCUAGUGGUCCGUCGACGUCACAAAGUCCUGGGAAUCCACCACUCUUACCAGCUGCAAAUCUCACAGCACCAACCGCUGGACCACCUAGUGCGCCUAGUAGUCCUCUCAACCGCGGCGCCACCGCUAGCAAUCCGGCUCCCAAUGCACUAACUUCCUCAGGUGGUCCAACAUCUUCACAGCUUAAUGCUUCUGCCUCGGCGCCGAACUUUCACAGCUCUUCUAGCACAAGUGCGGGAGACUCGUCAAAUUCUGCAGCGGCAGUAGGAGCCUCGCCUGUGGCCGUAGACAAUUCGCAGCAGACCUUGACCCAGCAUCUGAUGGAUCCUCGCUUUUUUGGUACAGCUUUUCGUGGCUUGUCCUCUUCGAGUAACACAGGCACUGCUUCCUCGCAGGCUCGGCCUGCGAAGUCAGCAGCUUUCAACGUUGCUUCUAACCUGUUUGUAAAGCCGAUGAUGCAUCGCGGUGCGCCGUUGCACACGCAAACGGCAGCCCCACCGAGCAGUGUGUUGGAUCCGAACCAGAGUCCCGCUGGUUCCGCUGCGGGUGGCGCCUCUUCGGGUACUACCAUGAUUUCCGGUGGUAACGGUGGCGUGCCAGCUGGAAGUGCGACUGCUGUUUCCAUGCCGACUACGCCCUCUGGUGCUCACGGCGUGCCUCCGGCCAGCACACUAACGCACCAAUAUCACCAGUACAGCGUGAGUGCGCUUGGAACAAGUGGAGUCGGGGUGGCGGCCCAUUUGAAGGUCAGCUGUAGCCCGAGCACGCCACAGCUCUACGCACGGCACUCUUCCCGAACUGGAAAUCGGACGAAAACGCUUAACCAGAUCGGGUCGAACAUCAUGCGCAGUCCGGACCGAAACUCCGUGUGGCGUCAAUCUGGUUCGAAUAAUUUUCAAAGUCCUGAUCCCAAAUUAAGAAAUCAAGAUAUUGUCAAUAAAGAAAAAUUUUUGAUUCAGUCGGAAGCACUCAUACGGCUCACACGAGGUAAGUAAUUCCAACAGAGAGAAUGUACGCGUGAUAUAGAUACUUCAUGUUCAUAUUCUCGUACCAAAAUUUUGCCUAACUUACAUGCUGGUCAAGUGCGAUUGACAGUGAACUGCACAGCAUCUAACUUAUGCUCUGAGUACCGGCGCAGUGGGCGGGAGUCAGGCGAGUCAUUUCCUCGAAAUGAACCAGCACAAGGCUCCUCGAAAUUUGUGGUCGAUGCCAGCGGCAAACAGCCAUGUGCGUCGUGCAAGGCACUGA